CACAGUUUUUUUUGUUGCUACUGUUUUUCUGUGUUUUACUGAUUGUUGAUUGAAUUAAUUCUAUAAUAAUAAACAACACAAUGCAAUCAUAUCAAUCUACAUCGGGUGCUCCGACUACAACUACGACGACGUCAUUAGUCACGCCAAUCAUCUGGUUCGACAAGGAAUAUCUAAAUUCAAACGAAGGUCUUCUGAAAAUUGUCGUGAUUAUUUUAAGUUUAGCCUCGUUCAUUGUCGCACAAUUUGGUCCGAACAAUGGCCGUGUUGGAUUCUAUUGCUUUACAUCAAUGAGUGCAUUUUGGAUCAGUCUUACAUUGUUUGGAUUAUAUGCUUUUCAUGUGGUGGAAAAAAUGUAUACUUUUCCCUGGAUUCUUGGAGAAUUCGGUUACAGCAUCAUUUGGGCGACAUUUUAUUUUGUUGCUUCAUUGUUAAUGCUAAUUGGUGGUGGUGUACAAACAGUAGCAGCUAUUUUCGGAUUUUUUGCCUGUACCAUUUUUGGUUAUGAAGCAAAACGUAAUUAUAUACGACAUCAGAAUAAUGAAAUUGCCCAAGGCGAAAGGAAUCCACCACAAUCAAUGGCUUAAAAACAUUUGUAAACAAACGAGUGCAAUUCAACAGGUGUUUUCAACAUCAAAAUUUUCCUUAUCUUU